CCUAUAGCUGCUGAGACAGAAGGUGAUCCAUUGGUGCUCGAGCUAGAGUAGCUGAGCCAAAUCCUAUGUUUUUCCUCCAUCGCUCGAUACAGGAAGGUUCGCUCUCCUCGAGUCGACGGAUACGUUGGAGGAGGUGAACUGAAGCGCUUAACAACAUAGCUAGUGCACAUCAAGAUCGAUGCUCUAGAUGUUGCGGAUGAUGUUCGAGACAAAAACUAGUGCUACAAGGAGUUGCGCAUGCGCUGUAUCAUCAUUAGUAAAUGUUAAAAACCAUGUAGGCUUACUGUGUGAAACUGUAAAAGCAAUGAAGCCAGCAAACAUUGAAUUCAAAACAGGUAAUUGUGGAAACAGCGUGAAAUUAUCGGUAAAUAUAUAUGCGUAGUUUGUGACUAAUUGUAAGCAAGAGUGGUGUUAUCGAUUUAUCCUGUAGACUGUUAUAAAUGUUUGCAACAUUUGCUAAAGAAAGCAGAGGAACUCGUUACGUUCUAAAGACUGUGCUCUACAUGGAGAUGUUUACACAACCUUUCCCCUUCUGUUUUAAUGUGAUUUGUGCGCUACCGACGGUAUUUAACCGCUAGCUUUAACACUUUUUAGUUGUCGAGUCCGUAAAGUAGCACACACAUAUUUUUUGCCUAAGCUGCUACUUCGUAGAAAUUGUUAAACAAUCAUUUUCACUUUUCCUCAGUUCAUUCUCUUACUUAAUGCACUAUCGAUUGUGCGUGUUGCAACUAUCACCAUCAGAGAGUAUAUGUAUAGCUUAAGAUUUCAUAUGGACCAGUAGUGCUAGUGUCCCACUUUUACAAGCACGCUGUUCUAAGUAUAUAACACUCUUCGUCGAGAAUUUCGUUCCAAGACUGGGUACCAUUCGUCUACAGGAGUAAGCUGCUUUCAAGCAACAUAACCGAUUAGCAAAAUCCUGUUUUAACAUUUCGCUUGGAUUCGCCCUAAUCAGAUCAUAGAAGCAAUCUAAGAGAUAAUUAACAGGUUCGAAAUUUGCACGUUGCUCUUCAACUAUUCCAAGAUGGCGUUGGGCUGUGGAGCGAAAUGUGCCAAAGGCGUCCUCAUAGCAUUCAAUUUGAUAUUUUGGCUCUCUGGGGCCGCCAUGCUUGGUACUGGUAUAUAUUUUUUGGUCGACACGGACAAAGUUACCUUAUAUCGGCUGUUCUACACUGACGGAAAUUACGCUCUAAUACACUACCUGGCCUAUGCUUUGAUUGGAGUUGGGGGGCUUGUGUUUGUCGUCGGUUUCUUUGGCUGUUGUGGAGCCGUUCGAGAGAGCAAGUGUAUGUUAGUCACGUAUUUCGUCUUCCUCUUCCUUAUCCUUGGGUGCGAGACUGCAGUGGGAAUUCUGGCAGUUAUAUUUCAAAAUAAGGUAAUCAAAACAUUGGAAGAAAAUGUGACGUUAAAAUUGAAGAAUAAAUAUGGACUAGAGGAAACUAUAACAGAAUCUAUAGACCUGGCUCAAGCAAAGUUUGAUUGUUGCGGUGUCAAAGAAGCCUUGGAUUACGAUAAAAGCAAAUGGAAGCUUGACAACCUUGGCCAGGGCGACAACGUCAGUAAGACUUGUUGUGUCUUGAAGAAUCACGAAGACGACGACGCUUUCAAGAAUCCAAUACCUUUAAACGGAACUCUGUGUCAAUCCCAAGAUUCAAAGCAGAACACGAAUUUCCGUCACCAGAAGGGAUGUUUGAUAAUGUUAGAGGAGUUUAUCCGCUCGGAGAGUACGGUGUUAUUGGGUAUUGGAUGUGGAAUAGCAGGAUUAGAGAUAUUCGGAAUGGUCUUCGCCAUUUGUUUGUGCAAAGAAAUCUGAACAUUGCCAUCCAUUAAAAGACGUGCAUCUAAACAAGUGAUUGAGAUCUGAUUGUUGUUUUACGUGAGAAGACUGAGGAUUUUAAAUCUGGACCUGGAAAUGUUUGAAACGUAAAAACUGAGUCGACAUAACCAAACUUCUGAGGUUUUCUUCAUGGCCUCCUACUGGUUCAAAUUAUUUGUUCAGAUAAACCAGAAUGACAAAUAAAAAUUCUGAAACUAAAAAAAAUAAAAUAAUAAUAUUUGACAAGAGUUAAGUACUAUACUAUCUAUGUAAGACGCCAUCUUAUAAGAAGAAAUGUAUCUAUGUCAUAGUGGUGUGACACCGUACUUUCUUUAAGCUAAUUUGAUUUUACAUGUUGGUGUUGGUUAGAUUAAAAGAUUUGGAUAAGUAUGUAAGUUAAUUCAGUAGCUAAUACUAGUUUACUUGUAACUCCAAUGCAUAGACUGAAGAACUAGCCUUAACUAGAUGUUUCGCGGUAAUUAUUCAAUGAAACUUUAAACACUGGUAUUUUUUCAUUAUGUUUUACUGAUUAGCGAAGUACACCAAAAUUUAACCUAUUUAUUCAGCAAUGUUCAACCUUACAAUAUUUGUAUUUAGAAAGAACAUCAAGUUUUAUUAAAAAUUAAAAAAUGAAAUAAGUGAAAUCUAGGUAUUCUCCUAAUGACCGGAAAUUAUUUUUCACAUCAAAUUCUCUUAACAUUUGAACAUAAUAUAACGAUAUUAAUGAACCUAAUUGAAAAACAAAAUUGCUAAGUAUACAUGUAUAGUUUAGUAAAGUCGUCUGUUGUUAGAAGUAGCCUAAUUCUCUAGAGAAACGUGCAGAAAUUUAUAAAAUAUUGCAUCUAAGUAAGACAGAAAAGUCAAUAAAGCCCAUUUGCUUCGACCUAAAUUUUGUUGUCGCUUGUAAACAGCUUUUACUUAGAAUUAGAUCUUGAUAUAUUAUUCCUGUGUUAUGUUGCCGUUACAUAUAUAUAUAUAUAUAUAUAUUCUGAUGUACUUAAAUUUUUUGUUCAAGGUUGUAUUCCCUCCAUAGCAAAACUCUAAACUUGGUAAAAAAAUUAAAAUAAGUUAUAAAUGGAUAUAACUUGAAUUUUUAUUAUGGCCACAACUGGGCAACGGAUGCCUAAAAAAUGUCAUCUUCUUGAACAUGAACUUACUCAAUGUAUAUUUCAAGCUUGAAAACUGUUUAACGAGAAACAUGAAAUAUACAGUAGCAUACUGGUUCGUCUUAAUUUAAUAUAGCUUUGUAUAUAAUGAAUAAUAUUAUUUUAGAAUUUUCCGUCCUUUUCGUUUUGCCAACUUUUCCCUUAUAAAAGAAAAAAUAUUUUGCCUAUAGUUUGUAGGCGACGUGUUCUUUUGUUAAACUCCUCAUUGAUUUGAAUUGAUUAUAAAGAAAAAAAGGUUACAUCACUAAUAAUUUAACACGUCUUGAUUGAAAACUGAAUUCGUUCGCGGAAUUUUAAGGCAGUUGAGAAAUAUUAACUCAUAAUUAAUUCUGUAAAAUUGCAGCAAAUAUUAUGACUUUUAGUAAUUCAUUUAUAUUUUCAAUGUUCACGAAUAUUAUAUUUAAUUUGCAUUAUUCUUAAUUAUAUUCUUUAUUACUGACUUUCACGUUUAAAAUAUAUGCGAAAAAAGUUGUAAUGUUCUGCUCCUUCACGUUACAGAGACAUUUAACACAAGCACAUAAUUGGCUGUGCUUAACGUAAUUUACAUUCAAAUUUGUGUCCUGUAAAUAAUUACUAAAUGCAUAGAAUUAGGCAUGAGUAAAGUUAUGUUAUUGUCUCAUAUUUUAUUUGAGCUGUGUUGCAAUGAUAUAAUGCAUGCCGGCUCAACAUGGAACUGAAAACACGAACAUGGCCAUAAUCUUGCAAGAAUACAUUUUAUUAACUUUCUUACUUCAAACAAAUUCAAUAAAAAGUUAUACUUUCAUUUCAAAAGUAGAUUAGAUUUAUAAUAUAUCUUGUUCUUAACGUGUAGUCCUUUAAAUGUCACUGUGCUUUUCUUCCUUUAAGAAAAUUUAUUGUUAGUAGGUAUUCUAUAUUUAAAAAAAAAAAACAGGAAAGAAUAAUCGCACUCUGUUCUUGAUUUAAUUUUUUGAGAUUUACGUUACCAUAUUUAAGAUACAAAUAAACAAAAUCUCAUACGGUUCUUAAUUGUAUUUUUCAAAACUGUUGUUGCUAUGCGUUUGAAGUUUUGCUACAUUUUAUAAAGUUUUCGAAUCAUCACUUGAAAGUUCAAAGAGAGUAGUGAUGUUUGUCUUAAAUCAUGAAUCAUAGCAAUAAAACGACUCCCGGUGUCAGAAUUACAAAUGAAUUAAUUAAGAAAAUUUAAUAAUCCUAUUAACUAAAAUACUGUGUUUUACUUCUUUAAGUAAUUGACAAAUGGUUAAUGGUAUUUCUUAAGUUAUUUUUAUAUACUUUUAAUAACGGUUGACUAAGACAACGUAUCAGAAAAAGGGCAGAUUUACAAGAAUAUUUAUUAAAGUCUAAGAUAUUUUGACGAUAACUCUCUCUUAAAAUGUGAAUGAUCUAUGAGUCUAAUGAAGUGUCUAAAUCGAAAAAUGUGUAAUGUUGUUUUAAUUUUUCUUGAUAUAUUAAUAUUUCUUUCAUAUUUUAGUGAAAAUUGGACGGUAAUCAAUGUGCCAAGAUUCGUAUUAGCAGUCAGUUAUGGUGAUGUUUUUAAAAUGUAAGCUCUCAUUAAAAAGUUGACUUUUAGAAA